CCCACAACUCUACCUUGGCUUGGCUUGGAGCCAUGAGUCAGCUUCAUCUCCACCCAAGCCAAAUCAAACCUGAGGCAGGAGCCGAAACUCACAGUCCCUCAAAGCCUAUAGCCAGGUGAUGGAGGACGAGGAGAAGGCAGCGGAGAGCUUGAUGAGCAACAUGGAAGCUGCUCAUUCUCCAUCCCCUAUCCACUGCUGCUGGCUCCGCCUCCGCUACUUGGCAGCUACUAGCAUUAUCUGUGGCUGUUCUUGCCUGGGAGUCAUGGCCCUUGUGUUUGCCAUCAAGGCAGAAGAGCGGCAUAAGGCAGGCCAGUCGGAGGAGGCCAUAUACUGGGGGGCCCGGGCCCGGAGACUCAUUCUGGCCAGUUUUGCUGUCUGGUUUGCUGUCCUUGCUCUGGGUCCCUUGCUGCUGUGGCUACUCUCCUACACCAUUGCGCAGGCUGAGUAACCCUGGUUGGCCUUUGCUGAGAGCCAGUCAAGACCUGGAUCCAAUCCAACAGUGCGGCAGUGCUCAGUUCUGGUGACAGGAGUGGUUCGUGGUUCUUCCUGUCUGGAAGGACGUUGCCCUUCUCGGGAACCAUUGGAAGAGCUCAUCUAGGCUAUUCAAAGCACCUGAGACUUCACGGGGAGGUCAGCCUGCUCUAUUCUUUCAUUACCCUCUGCUUUGUCUCCCUACCCCUCCAUCCUAGGAGCCUCCAUUCAGAGAAAGGAUUGAAAACCAGGCUUGAUUUUAUUAGAAUUUGUUUUGUAAUAAAAACCUUUUUUGGUGAUGAAA